AUGACGGGUCGUAAACGGCAAGCCCUUCUCGCUGCCUUGCCUGCCGCGGUCGUCGCCCAUGGUGGUCGCCAGCACCAUGCUCGUCAAAAUCCCUCAGGCUCGACAACCAGUUACACUUUCAGUCUCGCGGCCACCAACCCCACAGCGGUUCCCCUAUCAGCUAUCAACUCCCUUCAGCCUAGUUCAGCCACGAAAGCUCUUCACUCCACAGCAGUUGCAGGUUCAGUUCCCACCUUCAUUUCAGGGGCUCCACCUCUGCCAGCUAUAACCGCGCUUAGAGCUGCUGACUAUCCAGACCCCGACAAGCCAGCUCCUACGGACUCCCCUGAGGUGAAGAGGUGGAUUCAGGAGGUCAAGGACACCGGUGUUGUUAUCCCUGACUUGUCUCUCAAUGUUGCUGCUCCUGCAACGGGCCCGAUAUGCACUGCUCCGGAGAACGCUGCCGCGGCUGCCAACAGCACUGCGCGCUGCUGGUGGACGUGUGGUGGAUGCACACGAGCUAGCGACAUUGCUGACUGCCCCACCAAGCUCGACUGGGGUUUGACUUUCGAUGAUGGACCUGCUCCAUAUACGCCCAACUUGAUGGAAUACUUGGACGAGAAGCAGAUCAAGGCCACUUUCUUCGUCGUCGGCUCUCGCGUUUUCUACAACUGGCAGACCCUCCAGAGUCAGUACAUGGGACAACACCAAAUCGCUAUUCACACGUGGAGUCACUAUGCUUUGACGACUCUCACAAACGAACAAAUCAUUGCGGAGCUUGGGUGGUCGAAGAAAAUCAUCAAGGAUGUUCUCGGCGUUACUCCUAAUAUGAUGCGUCCCCCAUACGGAGACAUUGAUGAUCGUGUCCGUGCGAUUUCGUUGGCUAUGGGUCUCACUCCUGUGAUGUGGACUCGUUUGGGGCCCAACUCGGCUUUCAACACCAACGAUUUUGAUAUCCACUCGGGCACUGUGACCGUGGAUCAAGCCUUGAGCGGCUGGAAGUCUGUCCUCGACAAAGCCAACACUAUUGAUACCGGUUUCAUCGCUCUUGAGCAUGAUAUCUGGCAGCAAACCGUUGAAGUUGCUACUGGUUACAUUCUGCCUGAUGCCCUUGCCCAUCAACCCGCCUUCAAGAUUCAACCUGUUGUCAACUGCUUGGCAAGAACCAUGUCAGAUGCGUACGUUGAGACAAAUAACAACGCUACCAAUCCUCCUGUCUUCAAACAAGCCGUUGAUGCUGGUGUUGUUAAAGUCAGUGGCAAACCUAAGGAUACUUCUCCUGCUGUCUCCGCACAGUCUGCUGCAGGCGGUAUCCUUUCACUUGCCGGUCUUAUGCUUGGUGGUCUCUUGGCCAUGCCCUAG